UUCCCAAAUCAAACACAACAAUGUGUAACAAGAACAUUACAUGUAGAAGAAGAAGAAAAUCGAAGUCCAGUAGUUUUUCUCUGAAACCAUCUCGUAAAACCAGAACAAAAACAAGAAAACCAAAGUACCUUAGCCUUCUUCACCUUGAAGAAAGCCUACCUCAAAUGUCCCUGAUCAACAACAGCAGCAACAGCCAAAUCAAAGAACAAGAACAGCUUAACUUGUUUCCGCUUCACCCUGGAAACUCAGAUGAAGACAGAGAUACCCAGUACGAUAAUGUUUCUUUACUUUUCAACACGACAGAGAAAGACAACUUCCAUGCUGUUACUCUUCAUGGUCUUUUAGACGAAAAAAGCAGUGAUAAUUAUAAGAAUGAAACAACAACGACAACGGUAACGUCUGACGAGAGUCCUUUGUCGUCGCCUUCUUUGACGUACGGGUAUAGUUGUGAAGAUCAUGCAAGGCUGUCGCUUGUACGGUCGGCUAUGAAAGGGAGGAAGGAGAGAGAUGAGAGUGAAGAGAAGUGGGUGGUUUAUUCUGAGGUUGUAGAGGAGGUGAGUAGCUGUGGCGCCGGCGGUGGUGGCGGUAGUGGCUGUGGAGACGGUGGUGCAUGGUGUCGUAAGAAGAAGAUGAAAAAGUUGUUGGCUUUGAAGCUUGAUUAUGACGAGAUCAUGAAUGCUUGGUCUGAUAAGGGCCCACUUUACAUUGAAGGAGACUCCCCACAGACUGUACCUGAUUUGCUUCAUCCUUCUACACAUGUGCUAAUGGAUGGUGUUUCCCAUUUGUGGAUGGUCCCCGAAAUGGUUAGUAACAAUGCUAGUAGCUUCAAGAUUAAGGAAGAAUUUGAUGGGAAAGAGGAUUGGAAAAGGGGGCAUAGAGAAGCGAGUGUGUUGAGAUACAAGGAGAAGAGGCAAAAUAGGCUCUUCUCUAAGCGUAUUCGGUAUGAAGUCAGAAAGCUCAAUGCUGAGAAACGCCCCAGGUUGAAGGGUCGAUUUGUGAAGAGAGCUUGAGAUCUGAAAACAAUCCUGGAGAUGAUCUUGCUUCUUGGAUGUUGGAACAGUUGUGGCCUUGGAUUGUUCAUGUUAGCCUCUCUCCUUUUAGCUUCCACGUGUGCAUUUUAUGUAGAAUGGACAUUAUGCUAUUCUUUGGAACACAAAUGAAAAUUAAAAAAAAAGAAGAAGACAUAAUCCAAGGAAUGAGAGUUUGCAUAACUCUUUGGAAUACAAAAAAGAGGGAGGAAAAAUAAAAAGUGAAGCAGUUGUAGGAAGCUUUACUGAAGUGUUAAGGAAUGUUGUUUUUCUCUAUAGGGGAGACUUAAACCUUUGAAAUUUGGGUUUUCAACUAGAAAAUCACAAGUUCAGAUGGAAUAGAGAGGAGGGCUUUUGUUUUUAAGAUGAAAAAGGGUUAUACUUUGUAGUCGAAAGCAUAAUGAGCUUUUUUUUAUCUGUACAAAUAAAAAGUAAAGAAAAAAAAAUAAAUGAUGGAUUUGAGUUCAAGAUCAAAUCAC